AUGGCCAAAUCUUUUUUGUGGUUUUUCCUUUUUUGCAUAACCCUAGGGUUAAGCCAUCAGGCUUCACUUUUAAAGAAGGAUUUCUAUACGGCUGGUGUGGUGGAGUUCCGACCUUCGAAUCUCCUGUCCGAUAAUCUAGACGCCUAUUUGGAGAUCAUUCAGUCGAAAAAUGCCAGCUCUACGGACAUUAUUGUCUUCCCAGAGAGCACACUCAACGAUGUGGGUGAUACGAGUUUUGUACCCAAUCCCGAGGAUCAGAUAAAUCCCUGUUUAAGUGAUCCGAAUGCAACUUACUAUGAGCAUUUUUUGGUGACCCUAUCGUGUGCGGCCCGCAAUGCCAGCAAAUAUAUCGUGAUUAAUCUGACAGAGAAGCAAAAGUGCGAAGAUGUUCCGGAGGAUACGAGACCAUGUGCCUCGAACGGACUGAAUGUGUUUAAUACCAACGUGGUCUUCGAUCGUCAGGGAGUGGUGGUGUCCAGAUACCGAAAGGUGCAUCUUUAUGGCGAGCCCAAAAAUAGUACCUUCUUGCCGGAACUGAGCACUUUUGAGACGGACUUCGGGGUCACCUUCGGGCACUUCAUCUGCUUCGACAUCCUGUUCUACACUCCCGCCCAUCAGCUGGUGGAUCAAGGAGUCACGGACUUUGUCUACCCGGCCAUGUGGUUCUCCCAGCUGCCAUUUCUCACAGGUGAGUCAGAUAGAAAGUGGGUCAGUUCAAUUAGCGCUGUUCAGAUCCAACUGGGUUGGUCCUAUGCAAACGAUGUGAAUCUGCUGGCGGCUGGAGCGAGUGAUCCCACUUUGGGAACUAGUGGUUCGGGGAUUUACCAAGGACGCAGUGGCUCAUUGAAGAGGGUGAUGCGUCAGGAUUCCGGGGAGCGGUCUAUAUAUGUGGCCCGGGUGCCCAAAUACAAGAUCAGAAGGCGAAUGAAAAGGGAGCUCACUCGCCAGGUGGCCACCAACUCGAGUUUCAACAUAAAGCGUGAUUAUCUGGAGAAUUUCAGGAGCGAGGAGCUGCCAAUAGAAUCGGGAAAGAGUGGGAAUCUCAACAAGAUUCUAUGUCAUGGUGGCUUCUGCUGUUACUUUGAUUUGGCCUGGAGAUCCUUGGUAAAUCCCGUGGGGAACCAAAGUUCCUAUAGCUAUCGAAUUGGCAUUUUCGAAGGUUGGCGUAAUGCAAAACGACUGGAUGUGAAUUAUGUACGCAAUUGUGGAUUGUUCACCUGUUCGGGGGAUUCUAUAGAUGAUUGUGGUCAGCUGCUGCCCGACCUUCAGCAGCCUCUGGUGACCUUUACCCGGCUGGAGAUUCGGGUCACCUAUCCGGAAUCGCGGGAGUUCCUUCUCUUCCCCGACACCCUCCUCGAUAAUCUGCUGCCUCUGGAGCCCAAAAGUUUCGAAUGGGCACAACAACAGCCCUCCGAAGAGAGCCACCAGGUGCGAUUUGCCCUAAGGGAAUCGCAGGAGGUCAGCAACCUCUUGACCUUUGCGAUUUAUGGCAACUACUACAAUAAUGAUUGCACUUUUGGUGUGGGCACCGUCGAGGAGCAACUGGCCUGCGGUUAUAAGAAUCCCAAAAUAUAA